UUGAUGGAGUGACUCAUUUUCUUAGCGUCGGAAAUCUGAUCCCUGAUAAGUGCCAGCAACCGUCAGCCCACCCUCCGCCGGUUCCACCUCGAUAUCGUUGGACCCAUGCCCUCUUUGAAAGGUAAACGCGGGCGUGGUGGUCAAGGCGAUGGGGUUUCCCUGCGGUCAUCCUUGUCGAGGGCCGCUCCUCUCUCACCAAGUCAAGGAGCUAAACGGACCAAAUUCACGGCCGUAUCGACGGGUCCUGGGUCGGAUCCACGCUUUGCCACGCUCAUUGACGUGCUCACGGCCGGUGGGUUGGUGUUGGUGGCCCCAGGUGGCCUGGCAGGUCACAUCUUGAAGACCCACACUAAUCAAGUCAUCAAGACCGUGACUCAACUCUUUCAGGCUGAUUUGGCUUACCCGGAGAAAGUCAACGCGUUUAAUUUAGAGGCCCAAGCCUAUUUGGAAAAUCCCGAGGCUCUGAAUCAAGCCCUGAUGCCGUGUCAAAGUGAAGUGAUGGGAGUUAAUCCUCAGGAGGAUUCUCUCGUUCGAGUGUUGCUCAAGAUAGAAGAGGUGCAGCCCACAUUUCUACCCUGGCUUUUGGAACAAUUGGCUCUAAUCGCCCUGAAUGAAGACGAAAACUCGGCUGGCUUGAGCUUAGUUCAAAGAGCUCAACAAAUCAAUGUGCCUCGAUUGAUUCUAUCGCAAGUGUCCUGGCUGAAUAAGAUUGUCCAUCCCGAAUCCUUGGCCGAUAAAAUCACUGAAAUUUUGGAUGCUGUACCUACUAAGGCCCAAUUUGACGUCAUCUCAGCUUUACCCGAGAUUAUUGACGAAGCCUUUCAUGGCAAAAUAGCCAUGUUUUUAAGAGACAUGAUGAAGCAAAAGACAGAGCUUUCCAGUACCAUUUUGGAGGCUUUUACCAAUUUGUCUUUGGAUUCUGACAUAUUGGGUGAAAUCCAAUCGUCAAUUUUGAAAACGUUGGGUUCAAUUCGGUUCGAAGACCUUCCCGUGAAUGUGAAAUUCGUUCUCCAAUCCAUGGAACCGGGAGAGGAGAGUCACGUGAUCAAGGACCUUCGGGAGACUUUAGAUAUCGUCCCGCCUCAGAUUUUAACUCAAGCCACGCAAAGAAAGCUCAACAACGAGAUCAAAGACGUGUCUAAAAUGAUUUUGGACCUCAUUCGCAACGAAUUUUAUGGUCGCCGUAAACUCAUUGAUGCUUGGUUCCGAGCCAUUGAAGGAGUGAAGACAUCAGCAGAGCACAAAACAUUGGAUGUCAUGGUCCUACUUAUCAUCCACAGCUUUCCAAACCGAUGUAAACACGUGCAAAGCCUUUUUAAAAACAAGGUUCGAGCGAGCUUGUUCACGGAGGACUUGAUAUCAAAGACCUUAAACCAUCAUAAGACCAGCGUAAAAGAAAUGUUUGAAGAUAUAAUGGGCAUAGCCGAAGCUCUAUCCAUGACUUUGGAGCCUUCCCUCAAUCAGUGUGCCGUUAUUAUGUACAGAGAAAUGUUUCUCAAUCUUGACCGCUUCUGCAAGCAAGACCUUAUUGGGGAUCUUGUGAGCAAAUUGAGUUCGGGUGGAUCGCCCUCGUUACGAAGGACUUCCAUUCGAACUCUUGCCCAUCUUACCUUUGACUACACCGUUCAGCUUGUUCCAUUCUCCAUGUUCGUGGCCAGCAUUUUGGAUCACGUCGUUAGUUUGGACUUAGCUGACGUCCGACCUAUCAUGGAUAUCCUGUCGUUUUUGGCCUAUUCCAAAGCCGAAGGCGAGUCUUCACUUCAAGACAAUCUUCAGAUUGUUAUCAGUAAGCAAAUUGCCUCCACCAAUCUUAAGAUCAGACGAAUGGGUAUCACCAGCGCCGUGAUGACAGUCAAGAACAUGUCCAAUGAUCCCAUGGUAGAAGAAUGUGGUGUUCAAGACCCCAUGGGCUCUCAAAUCACGACAACAAGCGCCAAUUCUACAAUGGUAUCUAUUUCCACUCUGCGUCAAGCUCGUGACAUCUUGGAUAACGUAUGCAGUACCAUGAAAAGUGCCCAUGAUAUUGGCGGCCUUUUCAUGGAUGAGCUCUCUGUUGUUAUGCAAUCGAGAAAAUUACACAAGAAACUGGAGAAAUGGGUUGCCAACACCAUGACCAAUGACUUUGAGGAUGAGUUUGUGGUUGACAUUGCCAAGGAGGAUCUUGGCGUUGAGAAGCAAGAUUACAUUCCGAUCAUGCCCAUGUACAAUUUGGAGGAUCCUGAAGAUCUGGCUAUUGUGCUCAAUAUUGUUCCUCUUUUGAUCCAAGCCUCAGAAGUCAACCAGGCCAAGUCUAAAUCGACGGCCAUUUCUCGCCUUAUCCCGCACUUCCGGUUACUGAUUAAGUGUACUAAAGCGUUGAAGGGAAAUGAUUUGAGUGACGUUGAUGCUCUAUUGUCAUGUCCGGUGUUGUUGCCCUCUCCCAACGUCAUUGAAAAAUUUGAAUCUUUGUCAUUCAUGGAACGCAAUGUGACCUGCUCUGCUCUUUUCUAUGGAGCCAAUUGGAUUCGAGAGGUGUUGAACGCUUUUGCCAACCAUGAAGCCGAAGAACCCAUCAAGCAUCGCAUCUUGAAUCGAUUGAAGACUUUAGUUAAACUUGAAGAGGACUUGAAAGCAUGCUUGCGGUUCCAUUCCUCCUUCAUUCCGCCUACUGUUCUUCAUAUGGUGGAGGUGUCAGGAUGGAAACCACCGACUAGCAAUUCUGGAGGGCGUGGGAGAAAAAUUGGAGCUGGUGCGAAAGGGAAGGGCAUUGGAAAAGGCCGCAAAAGGAAAAGUGAUGAAGACUCGUCCCAAUCGCAAUCUGUUCAAAACGAGUCGCAAAAAAAUGUCACUCAAGUGCCUCAGAAAGAAGACUUAGGGGAUGGCAGUACCGUGAUUGAGCUGGAUUACUAUGCGCCUUUCUUCCGAGAAUUCGACCUCGACGUUUUCGCCAUUUUGUCCUUCGACACGGUAACUAUCGAGUCGGAAUUAGACUGGGAUCAAGAGAUUGUUGACCCCAAGCUCAGGCCAUCUGAUCUCAUUCUUCUUUUGAAAGACCUUCAUAGCAAGUUGAGUCAUACCCUGGUAUCUUCAAGAACGAAAAAGGGCUUCCCUGGUAAAACCAGCUGGAAAGAACUAACCUUCUCUAAUCUAGAUAACAAAUCGCCCAAAGAAGUCGCUCAGUUCGCCAUCAACCACUUGGAUUUUCUCUUAGGCGACCUCGAAGCCAUCGCAGAAUACUUCAAACGUCUCAUUGACAUCAACGAUGGAGUGCUCGAUUGUGCGAAUAUGUUUCAUGAUGGAACUCCUAUCAUUUGCGAAUGCUUCCAAAUCUUAUUCAUCCUCCUCAAAGUGAUAUUCUCUUGGAAUGGAUUCUUGGGUCAUGACCAACGUCCUCUUCUUCGAGAGGGUCUGCACAUGAUGGCUAGAAGGAUCAAUUCCAAAAUCAAGCUAUCGCAUCCCACUAGUGAAUUGGCGGCAGCCUCGAUCAGUUAUUUAGCCAAAUUUAGUGAUUGGAUUCUGAUCAUUGGAAUCGCCUCAGCCCAAACCAAACUCAUGGAUCAUCUGCUGCAGUUUACCGACGAAGAUUCUCCCAAAGCACUCCUAGCCGAGAGAGUUGAAAGUUAUCUCAAACGAGAAUGGAGAUCACCCAAGGGACAAUCUGAGAAGGGUUCCCUUUUCAACUCUCAUGUUGAAUCGCUUUUGAAGACUUACCUACGUUGCUCUGAAAACCCCGUCCAAGCCAUGGGAGCCUACAUUCCCGACGAAUUCACCCGAGUGGCCGAAGGUAAAGGAAAGGAUGCAGUGUCUGAGAUGUAUCCCACCCUGAGUAAGUCAACGUUUGGAAUUCAUCAUCGAAUUUUUCUCGAAACGCUCGCGGAACAUGGGAAGUCGUUAAUAUAUGGGGCGAGCAAAAAUCACGAGGAGCAUUUGGAAGUGUGGAUGGUGGUAAGUGUGCAGCUCUUCGAAUUGCUCAAGAUCUUGAAGGUGCAGAGCAGCAACCGUGGUCUCUUGAGAUUUGCCCUCAAGUACAGUCGGCUGCUUCUCGAUCAUUUUCUCAAGCAUGGGAUGCCAGUAGUAGAUAGGAUGUUCCGAAAAAGUCGGGAAGACUCGAUUACGCUCUUGAAGAACAUGCAGCAGAGCACUCGGUUGCUUCAACAUGCCUGCUCACAUUCCAAAAUCUUCAAAGAUGUGUCCUUGGCUAAGCACGUGCCGAUGCUCAAGAAGACCUUGGAAACCUUCGUUUAUCGAGUCAAGUCCAUGUUGGCCUUGAAUGACGCAGUGGACGCCUUUUGGCUGGGCACCUUGAAAACGCGGGACCUCAGUGGGAAAGAGAUUUUGUCCCAAACCUCAGUAGAGAGCGAAGAGGAGGAGGUUGAACCCGGGGAAGAGGGAGAUGAAGAUGCCUUACCUGAAGAAGACCAAUCGGAUGUUGAGCUCGACGACGAUGCAUCCUCAGAAAAAGAUCAAAACGACGAGGAAGAUGCGGACGACGGGGACAAAUAUGUAUAAGAUUUGAACGCCCCAUUGAAGACAAGGCCAUGAAAAUUAUAAUCACUGAUAUGAACAGAA